UGUCUUUCCGUUUCAACGACGUCGUCCAAUUUACAAUACUAAAACAAUGUGUAGCUUCCUUCCCGAUUGAAGUGCCUAUUCUCUUGGUUUAAACUCGGUUUUUAUCCUCUUCUCUUCAGUUAGGUUUAUCGACGAUUCCAAAGUUUCCAGCGAAAAAGUUUUGCAUUGCUAUAUUUAAGUAGACGCAGGGUUGUUUUGUUGGGUGAAUGGGAGCCUCUGAUGCUAGAGUUACUUAUUCUUCACUUUCUAAGCUAGACAAGGAAAACACUACCUCUCUGGGCUACGGUGCGAUGAAUCAUCACGGCGAAUCCGUAUGGAUUGAACCUAAGCCUGAAACCACGUGUGGCCAAUUAGGCUCAACGUUCUCUGACAAAGAGGUGUUAUAUCAGUUCCCCUCUGAGGAUGAUGAUCUGUUUGACGGAGGUUAUGAAUCAGGUGAUGAUGCUCGUGGUUUUGUACCCUCUAAAACGCCACCGGAGGUGAACUUAAAGAAUGUGCUUUCUGGGAUCUUUGCUAUUUUGACUGGACGGAACAAGGGUCCAAGUCCGAGGGUCACUGCAAACCAGCAACUCCCAAGUUCAAAUGUAUCAUUUUUCGGCUCUGGAAAGAAUGGGGAUGUCCUCCUUGACUCUUCGGUUUACACGCCUAGUGCACCACCGCUCUGUCUGCCCAAUGGGAGUGAUUAUAAUUCAUACAAAGAGGUUUUGGAAGCUGAACCGCCGGAUUGGAUUCCUGAUAGUUCCACUAAUGUUUGUAUGCAGUGUGAUGCUCCAUUUACUGCACUUACUCGUGGUAGACAUCAUUGCCGGUUUUGUGGAGGGAUUUUCUGUCGAAUAUGUACCAAGGGGCGGUGUUUAUUGCCUGUUGGGUUCAGGGAAAGGAAUCCUCAAAGGGUUUGUGAUGCCUGCUAUGAUCGGCUUGAUCCUUUGCAGGGGGUUCUUAUCAACACCAUAAGCAAUGCUGUGCAGGUAGCCAAGCAUGAUGUCAUGGACUGGACUUGUGCUAGAGGAUGGAUUAAUCUUCCUGUUGGUUUAUCUAUGGAGCAUGAAAUAUAUAAAGCAUCUAAUACAUUAAGAAACUACUGCCAGGUGGCCAAAUCCAAUCCUGAAAAGUCGAUCCCUUUAACGGUUCUUAAAAGUGCCAAAGGCUUAGCUAUUUUAACAGUCGCCAAAGCUGGUGCACUCGUCUCUUACAAACUGGGUACUGGUUUGGUUGUCUCUCGAAGAUCAGAUGGAUCUUGGUCUGCACCAUCAGCUAUAUUCUCCCUGGGUUUGGGAUGGGGUGCUCAGAUUGGUGGUGAACUUAUGGAUUUUAUAGUUGUUCUUCGUGAUAUGAAAGCUGUGAAGACAUUCUGCAGUCGCAUGCAUUUUUCUCUUGGUGCUGGUUGUAGUGCCGCAGCAGGGCCUGUUGGGAGAGUGCUUGAAGCAGAUAUUCGGGCUGGUGACAGAGGCACUGGCAUGUGUUACACUUACAGCUGCAGUAAAGGUGCUUUUGUGGGAGUGUCUUUGGAAGGAAAUAUGGUAGCAACAAGGAUGGAUGCCAACUUGCGCUUUUAUGGUGAUCCUUACCUCACCACAUCUGACAUUCUACUGGGAAUGGUGGACAGACCAAAGGCUGCUCAACCUCUGUAUGCCAGUCUUCAAGAACUGUAUUCCUGUUUACGUUUCUAAGCUGGUCUCUGCUUCCAGGUCCACAAUUGCACCUUCUUUCUGUCUCUGCUGCAGGCGGUGUCUUAAAUACUGCCUGUUGUAUAUACACUUCUAGUUCUUCCAUGGAUUUCUGAAUUAUGAUUCCCAUAGUUAAUUCCAACUCCUCCAUGUUUGGUUCAUAUGGGUGAGGGAUCCCCUCGUAAUUCGGUCAUAUGUUACGAUUGAUAUUGAUGCUCUAUACACGAAUUUAUGAUGUGAAUAUUA